AUGUGAAACUGCUUUCAAGAACUCCAGAAUUGAAUCUUGAUCAGUUCCACGACAAGACCCCUUACACAAUAAUGUUUGGUCCAGAUAAAUGUGGAGAGGACUAUAAGCUGCACUUCAUCUUUAGGCAUAAAAACCCAAAGACAGGCAUCUAUGAGGAAAAGCAUGCUAAGAGACCAGAUACAGAUCUGAAGACCUACUUUACUGAUAAGAAAACACAUCUGUAUACAUUAGUCUUGAAUCCAGAUAAUAGCUUUGAAAUAUUAGUUGAUCAAAUGGUUGUGAAUAGUGGGAACCUUCUGAAUGAUAUGACUCCUCCUGUGAAUCCUCCCCAGGAAAUUGAGGAUCCAAAUGACCAGAAGCCUGAGGACUGGGAUGAGAGGCCAAAGAUACCAGAUCCUGAUGCUGUCAAACCAGAUGACUGGGAUGAGACUGCUCCUGCUAAGAUUCCAGAUAAGGAUGCUACAAAACCUGAAGGCUGGUUGGAUGAUGAGCCUGAAUAUGUAUCUGACCCAGAUGCAGAGACGCCAGAGGAUUGGGAUGAAGAUAUGGAUGGAGAAUGGGAAGCUCCCCAAACUGCAAACCCAAAAUGUGAAUCAGCCCCUGGUUGUGGUGUCUGGCAAAGACCUACCAUUGACAAUCCCAAUUACAAGGGCAAAUGGAAAGCACCUAUGAUUGAUAAUCCUAACUACCAGGGAAUCUGGAAACCAAGGAAGAUUCCAAACCCAGAUUUCUUUGAAGAUCUAGAGCCUUUCAAAAUGACUCCUUUCAGUACUGUGGGUCUGGAGCUGUGGUCCAUGACAUCAGAUAUCUUUUUUGACAACUUUAUUAUUUGUGCAGACCGAGCAGUUGCAGAUGAUUGGGCCAAUGAUGGGUGGGGUCUGAAGAAAGCUGCUGAUGGGGUUGCAGAGCCUGGUGUAAUGGGGCAAAUGUUUGAAGCAGCUGAAGAACGUCCAUGGCUUUGGGUGGUCUAUAUUCUCACUGUGGCCUUGCCGUUGUUCCUUGUGGUCCUCUUCUGCUGUUCUGGAAAGAAACAACCCAGUGCUGCAGAGUAUAAGAAGACAGAUGCUCCUCAACCAGAUGUGAAGGAAGAGGAGGAAGAAGAGGAGAAAGAGGAGGAAAAGGAGAAGAAAGAUGAAGAAGAGGAGACUGAAGAGAAACUUGAAGAGAAGCAAAAAAGUGAUGCUGAAGAGGAUGAAGACAGAAAACCUAAAGCAGAGGAAGAUGAAGUUUUGAACAGAUCACCCAGAAACAGAAAGCCACAAAGAGAUUCAAAGAAUUUAAGAACUUGAUCUGUGAUUCCCUUUUCCCCCUACCCUGGAUGUGAUCCUAGGAAGAGGACCUGGGAUACACCUUAUAUGUUGAAACCCAGAAAAACCUCAAGACUUCACUAUCAACAGAUUCCAGUCAAACACUAUCCACUGAAAUUUUGAGCAUCUAGCAGUAAUUAAUUACAAUUGUGAUAUAAAGAACA